AUGGCGCAAACUCCACCUACUAACAUUCAAAACCCACGAACGAAGCAUCGGAAACCGUAUGAAGAAAUCGGAGCCAUAUUUAACGGAAACGAAGUAAAAAUCCGAGUUCCUAAGAGCACGUCGAAGUCUCCGAAGCUGACGUCGUCUCAGCUCAAGCUGCAGCAGCUAUGCACGUGUGACGACGACGAGUCCGUGUGCUCGGAGACCUGCGGCGCCGGGGCCGCGGGCGACGAGAACCAGCUGUUCUUCCAGAUACCGGACGACAUUUGUGAGGCCACGUCGAACCGGAACCCCAACAACUCCGAGCUCACGUACAGCAAGCAGGAGCGGCACAAGUCCCUGUGCGACACCUGCAACGUCACCCCCGCGGACGCGCCCAAGGGCGUCAAGGCCCAUAAGGUGCUGCACCCCAACAAGGAUGUGUUCGUGUUGAAAAUCGGCAAGCAGACCGAUGAGCCCAAUCGAACUGGUAAUAUCGAGGUGGAACUGGUGACGCCGCGCGCGCCUGCUCGGCCCAAGCCCCCCACGCACGCAUGCAAGGACAUCCAGUGCGAGGGGCCCGAGGUCAGCUGCUGCAUGCCCUGCAAGCAGUGCCGCCCGUGCCGGAAGCGGAGGCGACUCCCGCCCUGUUGCAUGUAA